AGACACACGCUCGCUCAACCGCCACUACUCAGAGAGAGAGAGAGAGAGAGAGAGAGAGAGAGAGAGAGAACAGUGCAAGGUUUGUUGGCCAGUCACCACAGACGCUCGGGUCAGCUGUCUCUCCUGACUGUUGGAUCUCAUGAUUUACUGAUGAAUGGAGAAAAGCAGGGGAUGGGAAGUGGCAGACGGCUAAAAGAGCUUCGGAUCAGUUCCUGGAAAUGCUGAGGCCCCGUAGACCAUACGGCUGGACGAACCGGCACUGACGAAACAAGGGCGAGGUAAGCUGUCCAACUCUGACCUGCUCAUUGAAUCAAAGGGAUCUUGAGAUCUUCAGAGGUUUUGUGGUUAGAGGACAUGAAGAAAAGCAACAGGGAUGAGGGCUCCCCUCUCAGGAUUUUGAUAUGACAUUUGGCGGCAAUAACAUGUCAGCCUGCUUAAAGGGAUUCGCUCCGGGGCGGCUCUGAAUUCUCGACGCGGGAAGGUUUCUCAAGCAGCUCCUGCUGGUGUACACAGAGAUGGCCAUGGUGAGCGGGGGAUGGGCCAACCCCAACGGCAGCGCUAAUGGACUCGCUGAGAAAGGUUACCUGCGGGGGGAGGAGGAGGGGAGCUCGCCCCGGGCAGGGACCAGCGACGUGGAAGGCGGUGAGGAGGACAAGGCCUGCGUGGUGGACUGCGGUGUGUGUGGAGACAAAUCCAGCGGCAAGCACUAUGGCGUUUUCACCUGCGAAGGGUGCAAGAGUUUCUUUAAAAGGAGCAUCAGACGGAACCUCAACUACACUUGCAGGUCAAACAGAGAGUGUCAGAUUGAUCAGCACCACCGUAAUCAGUGUCAGUAUUGCCGUCUGAAGAAGUGCUUCCGGGUCGGUAUGAGGAAAGAAGGUCAGCAAACCAGUAAUAUGUCGGUCCAGCGUGGUCGAAUUCCUCCCUCACACGCAGGCAUCAGCCCAGCCUCCAUGGUUGGAGCAGGCGGUGAUGUUGGAGGAGGUCCGGGCAUGGGUGCUGAUUUCUAUAAUGGUCAGCCAGUGUCUGAACUCAUCUCUCAGCUGCUGAGAGCAGAGCCGUACCCCAACAGCCGCUACGGAGCCCAGUGCGGCCAGCAGCUCACAGGAGCCAACAGCUCCAUCAUGGGCAUUGACAAUAUAUGUGAGCUGGCAGCCCGACUGCUCUUCAGUACCAUAGAGUGGGCCCGGAAUAUUCCGUACUUUCCUGACCUGCCCGUGUCGGAGCAGGUGGCCCUUCUGAGGCUCAGCUGGAGUGAACUGUUCAUCCUGAAUGCAGCUCAAUCGGCUCUGCCCCUGCACACGGCCCCCCUACUAGCAGCUGCUGGUUUUCACUCCUCCCCCAUGCCCGCUGACCGCGUCGUGUCCUUCAUGGACCAGGUGCGGGUCUUCCAGGACCAGGUGGACAAACUGGCUCGACUGCAGGUGGAUUCUGCUGAAUACAGCUGUCUGAAAGCCAUCGCUCUUUUCUCACCAGACGCAUGUGGGCUGUCAGAUCCGGCGCACGUCGAGAGCUUGCAGGAGAAAGCACAGGUGGCCCUGACAGAGUACGAGCGCAUACAGUAUCCGGGUCAGCCCCAACGCUUCGGCCGACUCCUGCUGCGACUGCCUGCACUGAGAGCCGUUCCCGCCAACCUCAUCUCUCAACUCUUCUUCAUGCGGCUGGUAGGCAAGACGCCAAUCGAGACGCUUAUCCGGGACAUGCAGCUCUCUGGAAGCUCUAUCAGCUGGCCGUACGCACCUGGACAGUAGAUGAACAAUCAGAGAACUUGUUCCCAUGUCCCAUCUCAGGCUGCUCCCAUGAUUCCACAGUAACUGUGUGGAUAGAUGUUGUGUUGCUGGUUUUGUAUAUAGUGUAUGCCUAAAAGUGGAUGACAAAUAUGUUCCUAUGCAGUUAAAUUGAGCCAUUCAGUACCAGGAUACCUCAUGUUUCACAUCAUGAGCAUCAACAAAUUCUGUCAAAAACAUUUGACAAGAUGAAUGAUAAACAAAGGGCUGAUUAUGAAGAAGUCCGCUGAUAUGUGACACAGAUCCUGAGUUUUAAA